AUGACUCGCAGUGAAUUGGAAGAGUUCAGUGAUUUUAUAGAGAAAACGUCGCAGUUGGAUCUCAAUUUAAAAAGUAAUCCUGAUCUUGAUGUGGACGAAGACGAAACGGUGUCAGAGAAUGCAUGGGAGGAGAGUGGAAAAUUUGAAGGUGAUCUGAUUCUUAAUGACAGACAAAGGCGAUUGAUCGUUGAAGAUGUGGCCGAAGGAUUAGCCAGGAACGGUCUUAGAGACAUUACUAAGAGAUGGCCAGACAAUGAAGUUAUCUAUUACAUUCAGCGGGAACAUUUCUCCGAAGACCAAUUGCAAGCUAUAGAAAAUGGAAUAGACGAUAUAACACGAGCUUCCUGUAUCAAAUUCCGACCAUAUAAGAAAGGAGACAGAGAUGCUGUUGUUAUACAGGGUAGUAGACGUGGUUGUUUCUCGCAAGUUGGUUACCAAGGCGGUUAUCAAGUAUUGAAUUUGUAUGGACGACAUCCUGUUGGCAGAGGUUGUUUUAGGCACGGCACUGUGGUCCAUGAGUUUCUGCAUACCCUUGGUUUCUACCACAUGCAGAGUAGUCCGGACAGGGAUGAUUAUAUCGAUGUAAAAUGGGAAAAUAUAAUUCAACCGGCAAGGCAUAACUUCCGAAAAUACAACACAUUCGCCGUUUCUGAUUUCGGUGUUGGAUAUGACUAUGAUAGCGUAUUGCAUUAUAGUAAAAAAGCGUUUUCUGCAAAUGGGCAGGACACUCUAGUACCAAAGCAGAGUGGUGCGUAUAUCGGACAAAGAGUUGGUCUUUCUCAUAAAGACACACAAAAAUUAAAUAAAAUGUAUUGUGCUACUGAUUCGAAUAACAAUGAUAUCGGAAAUCACGUUCCUCAAAGAAUACCAAACAAGAAGAAAAAGAAUAAAAAUAAACCCUUUGAAGGGCAUGGGAUUGGAUACCAUCAAGGUAAAGCUAUGGUUAUUAAGCUUCCAGCGGCAGAAACAUACCGAUUGCCUGAUUUACCAACAUUUCAUACGUUUGAUUAUUUUAGUAAAGCGCCGCAAGCAGUGUCGCAAACACUUGCCGAAAAUCGUGAGUUUAAAACUAGAAUAACAUCUACAUAUGAUUUAGUUACGCCAGUACCCGAUAAAGUUGUGGAACCUGUUGUAUUUAAUACUGAACUACCAGGAAAUUAUAACAGUAGUGACGUGGUGUUUCUGACACCACCACACCACGACGAUAUUUUAGAACCAAUAUUCAAGGAAAAUAAUGACACAUACGGACAAAGAAAUCAAGAAAAUGUCCAGAAAAAUUUAUAUGAAAAAGAAGCAGACGGGAAGGACUUCGAAGAUGCAUUUGAAAGAUUGAAUAAAGUUAUAAAGUCUCAUGUUUAUCCUGCCGUAGGACAAAGUGAUUAUGUAACAAAGAAUGAUUACGACAACGAUUAUACUCCUAAAGACAAUUUUAAUGUUAGUGACGAUGACGCAACAAUGAAAACUAAAGAACAAUACUUUAGUUACACAACUAAUGACAGAGAUAUAGGACUAAAUGAAAAGAGUUAUGACGUUGAAUAUCCACAAAAAGUGACCCAAGAAAAUUCCCAAAACAAAGAGUUUGUAGAAGAAAUAGAUUCCUCGUUUAGAACGUCUUUUCCUAGAACGAGUCAAGACAAUAUCAUACAGGUAACAGAUUCCAAAUCCAUAAAAGAUAACCUUAAUCAUAGAAAUGACUAUGAACAUUUAUACAUACCCAACGAGCACAGAGAAAAUAUAAGGCAGCACAUAUUAUUUGGUGAAAACGUACCAACUAAUAGUGAGUGGAAUCACAAUGGUAAAUUGAAAAAAACAUACUGGUGA